CCGAUUUUGGUUGAUGACAUUCUUGCUUGGAUAGUGCAUAUUGUUGCUGCCAUCCUUAAGACUUUCCAAAUUUCUGGCUUCAGUAUGGAUGCUGCAAAUGCUGGACGGAUUGACCAUACACGGCCUGGCCCUAUUGACGAUUCGGUGUUAACGUUGCAGUCCACCCAUCGAUCAGAAGCUAUUUGGAAUGGGCAGGAUCCAGGGGCCCUUACUUGCCGUGGCCGUACUGAAGAGUUCUCCAACCGAGAACCAAUGGUAGAUGAUCGAGUUGUUGAUAUUAUUAAGGUAUUGGGCUUGGAGGGACUGCUGAGACAGCCGGGUAGAGAGCUUGACCACGGCCUAAUUACAGCCUUAGUGGAGCGAUGGCGGCCCGAGACUCACACCUUCCACAUGCCACAUGGUGAGAUGACCAUUACAUUGCAGGAUGUGGAGGUGAUUCUCGGGCUUCCUAUCGAUGGUGACGCUGUAACAGGGAGCACACAGAAAACUUGGACGACUGUGUGCGAGGAGUUCCUUGGCUUUCAACCUAUAACUCAAGACCAGCAUAAGGAACUUCAUGGCCAAAGGAUUCUCAUCAAACGGCUUUUGGAGCAAGUUGCUAAUCCAUUGCCGCCUAAUGCCGAAGAGGAUGAGCUGCAUAAGUACGCACGAUGCUAUAUCCUAGCGCUACUGGGGGACACAAUAUUCAUGGAAAAAUCUGGCGAUAGGGUGCAUCUAAUGUGGGUGCAGCAGUUGAAAGACCUUCGCAACCCACGAAGGUACAGUUGGGGGAGUGCUUGCCUUGCAUGGUUGUACCGAGAGCUAUGCAGGGCAAGCCAUAAGGAAACCAGUCAAAUCGGUGGAUGCUUAUUGUUGGUGCAGUAUUGGGUAUGGGCCAGGUUCCCUUAUUUGUGCCCGGCAAUUGAGCGUGGCCCACCAGUAGGCGCUUAUGGUCCUCCAGCGCGUGGUCCUCUGUACCUGAAGUAA